UCAGUAAAUAAAUACUGUAGCCUCAUUGCUGUGGAUGCUUUUAUUUUUAUUUUUUAAACAUUUUUCUUAUUCCAAGGGGAGUAGUGUGGAACAAACUGUUUUGAAGCUAGAGAGCCCUCUGUGUCUUCCUUUCAAAGUUGUUGCUGUUUUGCAUUUAACUUAGUUGUUUGUAGCCGUUGCUAUUUUAAACAGUUUUGAAUUAAGUGAUGUUUUUGAGAUGUGUUCUGCCUGGUGUGGUCAUGUGAUGUGCACAUAACAUAGAGUGUUCUACAGGUUAUGAGAGCAGUGGUCACUUCUUUGGAACUGCUUGUAUUUUUAGGUUCUCUCUUAGUAACAGUCAAGCUUAUAACCCUCAGCAUGUGAGAUGAACUCUGUCUAGUUGUUGCAAAAUAAGAAAGCUACAGCUGUUUUCACAAUCUAAUCACUCCAUGACAUUUGCCUUAAUUCUUUUUUUUUUUUUGAGGUUGUAAGUUUUUUAAUUAUUCAGAUAGCAAGCAGUGGAACUGUCUUAAAACGAGAUCAUUUGGCUCCACUUCCAGUGUUAUUUUCACUAACUCAGUAAUCUGUUACACAAUGCUGCAAAUAUUUAAGGUGAAUUAGAUGAAACAAUAAUUCCUUGGAUCCAUUUGGCUUGUUUAAUGGACAUUUGCCUUAAUUCUUACUAACAUUUCUCUUUGAACAUCAGCAUAAUUUACAAAUGUUUGUCAUCUUUAGUCUGUCGUUUCUUCUAUUAUGACUCUUUUAGCAUGUCUGUGUUUAACUUCUAGGUUCUGUCUUAACCUAUAAAAUGUAUGGGGAUAAACAUUCAGAAGUAUUUGUAAUUUUUAAACACAAUUAAAAAAUACAGUUUGGUUGUUAAAUGCAUGCCUUGUUCUCCCCACCUCCUCCCUGCCCCCCAGCAUCAGUAAGUGCCAUAAUACCAACUCAGAACUGUUCUACUUAAUCAGUAGAGCUCUAUCAAUAUGAGGUAGACUUUUGUUAUUGUUUGAGGAAAAUCAACCCUGGACUGGACAAAAAUAAAUAGCAAUUUCAGGAUUAAUUAGUUUACAUUAGCCACCUGAAACCCAGAUAGCAUUUAUGGAAAAAUAUGUCAGAGAGCUAGUAAUCUUUUAUGCAGUGAAGUGAAGAAAAUAGGCUAAGAAUCGACUUCUUACCCAGAAAAGUAUUACCUAUUACAACGUAAUUUAAUUUGGGAGAUGUUGAGAUGAGUUGCUUGUCCCAUAUGGAGGUAGAGAUGUAUAAUAAGUAAUUGGCUGUAGAGAUCUGAAGUCUGGGAGAAGGAUCUGGGCAAGAGGUAAGUUUUCAGCAUAUGGGUGGUAAUUGAAGCUUUUGAGAAAUUGAGAGCACCCAGAGAGAAUGAAUAGAAUGAGCAAGAAGUGACAUGAUCCCUGGAGAAGAGGAAUAUUUUAGAAAAAGAGAUUAAGGAAUAACCAAAAAGGUAGGGAGAAAACCAGGGAAAUGUAUCCUCGUGAGGAAAGACAAAUAGUUCAAAAAGGAGGGGAUAGUCAGAAUAAUGAGGUAAAUGGCCAAGGAAGAUGAGGUCUGGAAAAAAUGCCCUUUGGUUUUAGCACCAAGGGUCUCAGAGCAGUUUUAAUGACUGUUGGCUAAAAGAAAGCCAGAUUACAGGGCUGAAGAGUAUAUGGGAGGUAUGAAAGGUUUUUGUUGUUUUUUUUAAAUUGUUUUUUGUUUUUCUUCUGGAAGCUUGACUAGGAAAAAAGAAUAGUAGUAGAAGGGAGAUAUUGUUUAUUAUUUAGGUUUUUAAAGAUGAAAUAGUUUUUUAAGUUUUUACUGCUCAUAGGGACAAGCCAAUAAAGAAGUUUAUGAUUAUAGACAAAGAUACAUCGAAUAGGAUUAAUAAUUAUAAUUAAAUCAGUAUAUUGUGCUGAUGCUUUCUCUAUUUUUGUAUAAAAUUUUUCUUGAUAAAAGGAAAGACCAUUAGGUAUCUGUAAACCCCUUCUGUUAUUUUAUAGAUACUGUUUCUCAGCUCAAAUCCUUAGUGAAUUUCUGUUACCUGAAGUCUGGACUCCUUAGAGUAGUAUAUAGUACAGUCCUCAUGAUGUGCUUUAUUUCUGUCAUCCUGCCCCAUCUCUCACAGCUACCUAGCAUUUCACCUUGUGAUCCAGCAAUACUGGGAAACUUGAGGUUCCCUGAAUGUGUUUUGCCACUUCUUGUUUUUCUCCAUUUACAUAUGUUGAUACUUCAGCGCUGAAUACUUCCCUCCCUUUCCAAUUCUCCCCUCCUAUGCUUAAGAUUUCCCAUCUUUGAAGACUACUGUGACUUCUUCUCUAGCCCCUACCCAUAGUGAAAAUUAUCUUCUCUGUGUUACCAUUUUACUUCUGUCAGAUUGAUCACAUAAUAAUGUGACGUGAGUUUUACUGUUGUCUCUCUGACCUCCUGCUCUAGCUCCUUGAGAGGAGUUACUAAUCUUUAUAUUGCCACACCAGACACAGUGCCUGGUACAUAGUAGUUAAACAAUAAAUAGGUGUUGCGUGAGUGAAUGGAAGGUGUGGCCCUCAGAAGUAAGUAACUUGCCCAUAGCCACGAACUGGAGCUGGACUUACAUUUUCUGGGUAAAUUCCCUGUUUGUUUUAAUUAAGGCUUACUCUGGUGAUUUGUUGUAGAAGGUAUUAAGGCAUAUGUAGAAGGAGUGAUCAGUAGAUGAAAUCUUAAGUGAACUCCUAUAUUUGAAGGGAAUAAAAAGAAAAGUUCUAAUAGUUUUAGUUAAGUAUAUUCAUGAAAUUCAGGUCAUUCUCUCAGGAAUAUGAUGAAGUCAGUGUACUAUGGGGUGCUUCUGAACCAGUUUAGUUGAAACUAAAAUGUAAAAGCUAAAGCCUUCUUUGAAAUCUAAAAGUCAAAUAUGCAUUAAUUUGUUUUUAGCAUCCUUUUAUAUACUACACAGUAUACUAGAAUUUAAGCAUUAUAUUUUGAGACAUUUGGCCUCUUAGGCAUUUUGUUAUAUGAUAUGUAAAAAUGAACUUUUGCAUUGUUACUUGAAAUGAGUACUUAAGUGGUUUCAAGAUGAAUUGAUUAUAUAUAAAAUAAACUUGAUAAAUAUGCUUAUUUUACACAUACACCUUUAUGACUUGAUUUUUGUUACUCAACAAUUUCUGAAAAUCAACCACUUUUUGCCUAACUUGUUAUCUUUUCCCGUCUCCACAACUAGAGCCGGACGGGCCGUCAUGGAGGAGAAGCUGCCACACUCGCACUGUGUGAAUUGUGUCAGUAGACGCUGUAUGACCAGACCGGAGCCUGGGAUUUCCUGUGACUUGAUUGGUUGUCCGUUGGUGUGUGGAGCAGUUUUCCAUUCUUGUAAAGCUGAUGAGCAUCGACUUUUAUGUCCAUUUGAACGUGUGCCUUGCUUAAAUAGUGACUUUGGCUGUCCAUUUACAAUGGCUCGAAAUAAAGUUGCUGAACAUCUAGAAAUGUGUCCAGCAAGUGUGGUGUGCUGUACUAUGGAGUGGAACCGAUGGCCAGUUAGUUAUGCAGAUCGGAAAUCAUAUGAAAAUCUAAGCAGAGAUGUUGAUGAAGUGGCACAAUUAGAUAUGGCCUUGGCCCUUCAAGACCAAAGGAUGCUCUUGGAAUCUCUCAAAGUAGCCACCAUGAUGUCAAAAGCGACUGAUAAAGUAUCAGAACCUAGAGAACAGAUCUCCAUUAAAUCAAGUGUCCCAGAAAUACCACAUGCUAAUGGUUUGGUGUCUGUUGAUGAAGAAUCUUAUGGUGCACUUUAUCAAGCUACGGUAGAAACAACCAGAAGUCUGGCUGCUGCUUUAGAUAUCCUGAGUACCGCCACAAGAGACAGUGGCAUGUUGAGUACAAGUCUUCGCACUUCCCCAGAUGAAAUGAAUGAAGAGCAAGACACCAGAGGAAGCUUGCAGAAUAGACCCUUGAAAGACCAGGACCAUUUUUAUGAGGAUGAGAUAGGAGCAGUAGGUGGAAUUGACCAUAAUGACACAAGUCUGAAUGUCCAGUCUGAACAAAAUGGUUCAAGUGAUUUAUUGUGUGACUCGAACACCAGUUCUUAUGGCACUUCUGCUCUUUGUAAUGGCUUUUCUUUGGAAAAUAUAGGUACACAGGCCAUAGACCCAAAUCAGAAAUUACAUGGUGAUUCAAAACAAAGGAACUUAACAAAUGGAGAAUGUAUAGCAUCAGAUGGCACUUCACAACCUUCCGGUUCACUUUCAGUAGCAGCACAACUUAGGGAAGUAAUACCAUCUGGUGCUUUGCCUAAUGGCACAGUUCAGCAUAUCCUCAUGCCAGAUGAUGAGGAUGAAGGAGCAUUGUGUUGGAGAAAAGUAGACUUAGGGGACUUGAGGAAUGUGGAUGUCUUAUCUUUCAGUCAUCCUCCUUCAUUCAAAUUUCUUUCUAACUCAUGUUGGUCUAAACCAAAAGAAGAUAAAGCAGUAGAUACAUCAGAUUUGGAAGUUGCAGAAGAUCCAAUGGGCCUCCAAGGAAUAGAUCUAAUCACAGCAGCAUUGCUAUUUUGUCUAGGAGAUUCUCCAGGUGGGAGGGGUAUAUCUGAUAGUCGCAUGGUUGAUGUUUAUCACAUUGACUUUGGGACUCAGACUUUUUCACUUCCAUCUGCAAUAUUAGCUACCAAUACAAUGGUUGGGGAAAUAGCUUCAGCUUCAGCUUGUGAUCAUGCCAACCCACAGCUUUCAAAUCCAAGUCCUUUUCAGACACUUGGGCUGGAUUUAGUAUUGGAAUGUGUUGCUAGGUACCAACCCAAGCAGCGUUCAAUGUUUACAUUUGUUUGUGGGCAGUUAUUUAGAAGAAAAGAAUUUUCUUCACAUUUUAAGAAUGUGCAUGGUGACAUUCAUGCUGGACUCAAUGGCUGGAUGGAACAGAGGUGUCCUUUAGCAUAUUAUGGUUGUACCUAUUCUCAGCGUAGAUUUUGUCCAUCAACACAAGGAGCAAAGAUUAUACAUGACCGCCAUUUGAGGUCCUUUGGAGUUCAGCCAUGUGUCUCUACAGUAUUAGUAGAGCCUGCUAGAAACUGUGUGUUGGGAUUGCAUAGUGACCAUCUAAGUAGUCUUCCUUUUGAGGUCCUGCAACAUAUUGCAGGCUUUCUUGAUGGCUUCAGUUUAUGCCAGCUCUCAUGUGUAUCCCGGUUAAUGAGGGAUGUGUGUGGCAGCCUGCUUCAGUCUCGUGGAAUGGUCAUACUGCAGUGGGGAAAAAGGAAGUACCCAGAAGGAAAUUCGUCAUGGCAAAUAAAAGAAAAGGUGUGGCGAUUCAGUACUGCAUUUUGUUCUGUUAAUGAAUGGAAAUUUGCUGACAUCCUAAGCAUGGCUGACCACUUGAAGAAAUGCAGUUACAAUAUUGUAGAGAAACGGGAGGAAGCAAUCCCGUUACCAUGUAUGUGCGUGACACGAGAACUCACUAAAGAGGGACGUUCACUUCGCUCAGUUUUAAAACCUGUACUUUAAAAACUGUCACUCCACUUGCGCAUACAUGCAGACACCUAGUAUAAUUUCUUUGUAAUAUGUGAUACUUUAUUAAUGUAUUAAAGAUUACAACUAGCUAAAUUUAUUGCCACUAUGUAUAUAAUGUUUUGAAGUGACAUAUAUUUUUAUAAAGUACUGUUUAGUUGGAAAAAAGUUGCCUUAAUGUUUGAAAUGUGUGAAAUUUUUGGAACUUGCUGGACAGGGUGAUUUAAUUUUUAGCUGCAUAAUUUUCAGAAUUAGUAUUUUUAAUGGUGUGCAUAUUUUUUGGUUUUUACAUUUUUUGUUUCUUAGUUUAACAAGAUCCUGACCAAACAGUUUGUCCCUCAUGUUUUCUGUGGGUUAUAGCCCAUGCAUUCAGAAAGCAAAACUUUGAUUCAAAUUUUUGCAGCAUAGGUUUUUCAGAUAAAGACAUUCAAUUGCUUAAGGACUGCCAUAAGAUCAUUAUAAGAUUUUUAUUUUCUAGUGCUCCCCUUAUACGAUCAUGGAUACACAGAUGAUCUUUACUGUAUAUUUACAUAAUAUUUAAAAUCAUGACUAGUGUUUGGUAAUGCAUUUAUCAUGUUUUAAAAAUACCCACAAAAGUGUUUUCACCUUAUGUAUUUGCAACUCUCAUACAGAGAGUGACCAUGUGCAACUUCCUUUUUUCUUAGACACCACAUCCAAAGACUCACGGCAGCGUGUUUUAUGACAGGUUAAAAUGAAAACCAACAAAAAGCCUGUGAAUUUAUUUUAAUUUGAUACUGUUCAUGGUAUGAUAUAUUUGCUAGGCUUUUGAUAUUUGGAAAGAAGAAAAUAUACCUCAUUUAAAGUUCAGAUUGGGCAUAUUGUGUGAAUAAAUUUCAAAUAUUCGGAAUGCAAAGGGCUUAACUUUCUUUCCUAAGCCUUUAGAAUUUUUGCCUUUGUAUGUUUAUAAAAAUCACAACUAUAUUGUUUUAAGAUAUUUAACAAUGUGAAAUUUGGUAUCUUUGUAAGAUGACAAUCAUGAAAUGGAGAAGCCUGUCUUGGUUGACAAUCUCCUUAAAACAUUUCCAGGUUUAUUUCCCAUAGACUUCUCUACCAAUAUAGUAAGAAUUGUAUCUUUGUGUAAAGAUCAAGGUAUAAGAGAAAAAUAUGCAAAGUCCUAUUCUUGAAGUAUUUAGUUGUAGUUUUCAAAUUGAUUUACACUAUUAUUAACCUGAUGUGGUCAAUUAAAAAAAUGAAUAUAUCAGUAUUUAGAAAUAAGUUGCAAAGAUGGGGAAUACCUAAAUAAUUUGUUUUAAGUAACUUCUGGUAUUUGGUAGUCUGAAGUGGUGACAAGUUAUUUUGCUAUAAAAUAUCAAACUUCUAUUGUGUCUUCUCUUCCUACAUUGGUCCCUGAGAGUGCUCUGUUGUUUCUAGGGUAACAAUACUAUGGCAGUCGGACUGGGCAGAGAUGUUCCUUGGGCAUUAGAAAAGAACUCUGAACUGCUUCCGGCUUCUUUUGGUUGGAUCAGGCCCUUAUUACAGUUGAAAAUACAGCAUUAAAGACUAAUCAGUUGUUUUGCCUCACCUGUCAUUUCAGUUAGUAGAAUAGUUAUUUCUCAGUGCUUAAACUUUCAACUGUGAGGUUGAAUUAUAUAAAUAGUCUAUUUCUGAAAAAGUUAGAAAUAAGAUUGAAUACUGUAAAAUAUAACUGCCUUUUAAAGUUUUGCUGAAGAAUGUGUCUGGUUAGGAUAGCACAAACAUUAACUUUUUGUUUUAUGGUUGUGCUUGUUUGGUUUUUAAGUUUAGACUUCUUGUUUUUACACUGGAUCAGAUAUUUAACAGUUUUCCACCUUAUAUUUCUUUUACAUAUCUUUGGCUGUUUUUUGUUUGUUAUGCCACCAUACAAUUUUGUUAAAAUGUUUUCUGUGUGCGACAUUUGUUCAAAUUCUAAUAAAAUUAAUAUUUUCCCUUUAUGUGGCUCAGUAACUUAAAAGGAAAAACUUUCAUUUAAAUAAAAUUUUAAUACUUGACAAAUUCCAAACACAGUGUUUCUAAGUGUAGAUUUUCUGCAUGUUGUAGUUGUUUGUUGAUUAUCAUUGUUCACCCAUGUUUUACUGGUG